GGCAUAACAUAAAAAAAUUGCAUCACACUUCUCUUUUCUUUCUUGUGCUUGGCCUACCUUUCCAGAAGAUGGACCCAGUGCUUUUCAUUUGAAUUUCAAAUUUCUGGGGGUUUACAAAAGAGAGACACUGGGAUAAGGAGGGUGAGCAAGAGUCCAGAGUUGAAUUUUUCUAGUGUGUCGAUACUGCAGAGACAUGGAAGAAUCAGCUUGUCUUAUGCAUGCAUUUUCUUAUGUUUCUGGCAUUUGCCAUGAAGCCAAAGAGGGAAACCCCAUGCAUUCUCUUGGAGAGUCAAUCUCCUUUGGGAGGUUCAUGUCGGAGUCCUUAUCUUGGGAGAAAUGGUCAUCCUUCUCCAACAACCGCUAUGUCGAAGAGGCCGAGAGAUACGCCCGGCCUGGAUCAGUUGCGCAGAAGAAAGCUUUCUUUGAGGCUCACUACAAGAGGAUUGCUGCUAAAAAGGCGGCAGCCUUGCUUGAGCAGGCAAAUGCUGCAGAAAAUAAUGCCCCUGAAGCAGCAUAUGAAGGGUGUGUUGACAAUGCUGCUGCAAAAUUUUCACAGACACCUAUUUCAGACUCCAAUGUUGCGGUUGAAGAGCAGCAGGAGGUCAAGGCCAUAGAUUCUGAGGCAGAUUUUAGGGUUGAUUCCAAUGGGUAUAACCCUAAUGUUGAAGUGAAUGUAUUGGAAAGUAGCAAGGUCAUGGCAGGACUAGGAGCUGAUCCAGUGACCAAAGACCAGGUUCUUGUGGAGAACCCUACAAAAAUUGAAUCAUCAGACAAGGUUGGGGAUGCUGAGAACCACAACAAGGGUACUGAAUUGGAACUUAGCAGAACAACCCAAAUGGAGAAACCUUUAUUGAAGAAGAAUCCGGACCCCAAUCAAGAAGUUUUGGCCUCAGUGACCAAGAAGAAGCCCACAACUCCUUCCACAAAGCCAUCUGUUUAUAGUAGAGCACAAAAGCUCCCUUCUUCACCUACCAAACCCACAGCUCCUUUUCACCCCAGGAAGGAAAACAUUGCCACUCCAAUUAGUAGGAAGCCAGCCACAGAGUCCUCAGAUAAAAAGAGAUCAACUCCAUUAUCACAUCAUCUGUCAAUCAAUAUAGCCUCUGCAAGAGAACCUACUAAAUUAAGCAACCCGGUUGUCCGGAAGAUUGAAACUUCAAGAGGUGGUACUAGUUUUUCUAAGGCAUCUAAGGAUUGCUCCACUCCUCUGAGAACUCCAACUAGGGCGCCUAUUAAUGGGGCAUCAAAGCAUCCUUCAGCAACCCCUUCCUCAGAAAAUAGAAGGGUCAGAACACCUGGUGAUCCCUUGGCCUCUGGAAGCAGAACCACUGGCUCAAAAUGCCGCUUCCUCCCUACAUAUUGUACAGACCCUUUGAGUGCCUUGAGAAACAAAUCACAGUCACCAAAUUUUUCCACUUCUUUCAACUUGAGAACAGAAGAAAGAGCAGCAAGAAGAAAGAAGCUUGAAGAGAGAUUUAAUGCCAAGGAGACAGAAAAAGUGCAGCUGCAAACAAAAAUUAAGGAGAAAGCCGAAUCAGAGCUUAGAAAACUGCGGCAAACCCUUUGCUUCAAAGCCAGACCAUUGCCUGACUUUUACAAGGAAAGAGAGACACUCAAGGGCCAGACUAAGAAGAUUCCAGCAACGCAUCAUGAGUCACCUAAACCUGGAAGAAAGCCCACUACCAGCGCAGUGCAUCCUCAGUCACCCAAGCCUGGACGAAAGCUCACUACCAGUACAGUGCAGGGGCCGAAGCCUCUUCCCCCGCAGUGGCCUUGUAUCAAGAGCAGUGGCUCCAAGCAUGUUGCAGAAAAGAUUAAUCAAGCCCCAAACACUCCUCUCAUAUCAGUGCGUGUCAUUACGACUCAUGAGAAUAGAUCCCCAAAUAUUCAGCAGUGAUAAGCAAAAGACGAGUAUUGCUGCUGCAGCUGCAUUUAAAUUAAUCUCCAGAGUUGUAUGGAAAAUUUAUGACCAUUGCUGUAAAUUACAAGCUACUUUGAGUAGUAUUAUAUGGAGAUUGAAGUGCUAGGUGAGUGCGUCCUUCAAUAAAUCUGUAGUGGACAUGUACUAUAGUAAAAUUUAUCCCUUUAUCUGUAUCUUGGAAAAAAAUAGCAUAUUUUGCCA